UUGAAAAUAAUUUUCACUGAUGAUUUGCAAAGUCUAAUCAAAUCAACAAAUCACAUGUCACAUGAUUUAAAUUGAUAACAUUCAGUUUAUACGAUGCACACACGUUCUAUAUACGUGCAGGCAUUUUCACUCAGCCAACUGUGGAUAGACAACAAAAACAACAACAACACAGCGAUGGAACUAGACAAACUACGUUACAAUUGGAUCGAUGUCGAGGACGAUAUACGCCUGUAUGCGUCAUCUUUGGGAAUUUGUUCCCGGCGUAUUCCGAUGGAUGACCGGCGAUCAAUGUGCUGUUUACCGGUGACCGUAUUCCCCAGUCCAAUGGAACGAUCCACUUUUCAACUGGCCAUUAACCUACAGCCGUCAAUCAAUGAAAUGAUCCAUAAAAUUUCCAUCAAUCACCAAUUCCUGGAACAAUCGUUGCUCAAAUUACCGGAUGAGUUUGUGGCCAAAUUGUUCCACAUCUAUCAGACUGUCAGCAAACAAGGUUACGCUGCUUCACAUCAGCUGGGCAUUUUUCGCUCCGAUUACAUGAUUGACCAGCAUUCGAAUCUGAAACAAGUUGAAGUGAACACCAUAUCGACUGGCUUCUGUGCCCUCACCCAACAAGUGACGCAACUGCAUCGUUAUACAUUGAAACAUUACCAGGGUCUCAGUGAUGACCAAAUCAAUGGCCAUAUUGCCACCAAUGAUUCAUUGGAUCGUGUGGCACAGUCAUUGAUCGAUGCACAUCGAAUCUAUAGCGGCACCGAUCAGCACUCAGCCAUCCUGUUUGUCGUUCAGGAACAAGAAGCCAAUGUAAUGGACCAGAAAAUGAUUGAAUGGAAAAUGAAAUCAUUAUCACCCGAUAUUCGAAUAUACAGACGUUCAUUCCGCGAUUUGGACCACGGAAUCAUAUCGCUUGGGCCUAAUCAACAACUUUUGCUCACCACCAUCGACAAAACCCAAGUGGAAAUAUCGGUCGUCUAUUUUCGAGCAGCAUAUUCUUCCAGCUGUUUUGGUUAUGAAAACUCAUGGAAAUUACGACUUUUAUUGGAACAAUCACGCGCAAUCAAAUGUCCAUCCAUACAAUUGCAAUUGGCCGGUGUCAAACAAUUCCAAACACUGCUCAGUGAUCGAGCCAUUUUCGAUCGCUUUUGUUGCAGCAGCAGUCCACAUUCGGACAAAUUGUUCAACACAUACACCAAAUUCUGGAACAUUUCACAGUCUGCCAGAGAUCUGGUAAUCAAGAAUCCAUCAGAAUUUGUUCUGAAAUCAAAUCAAGAAGGUGGCGGCAACAAUGUGUUUGGUGAACAAAUCAUUGACAAGCUGGAUCGAAUCCUCUCCAACAAUGAGAAUGAUGCAUAUUUUCUCAUGCAAUUUAUCCGCCAGAAAGCAAUCAAAUCGCUGUUGAUAUUCAAGCAACCACCACCAUCAUCGGCGACCACAUCAGUGGCAUGUCAACCACCACCAUAUAACCAAAUCGACAGUGAAUUAGGAAUAUAUGGCAGCGUAUUGGUCGAAACGAAUGGCCACCACAUUGUAUGGAACCAAAAUGCUGGUCACUUGCUUCGAUCGAAAUUAAGUGGAGAAAAAGAAGCUGGGGUCUUUUCAGGUGCCGGCAUUCUAGACACACCUUUUCUCAUAUAAUAACUGUUGAGCUUAAUUAUAUCAGAAAAUGGAAAUUGAUUACAAAUUCGUUAAAACAGAAUAAAUAUAGAGUUGAUAUUAUUA